AUGCCUUACAAUCCACCACCGCCAUUCGAUAAAUGUGCUUCAUUUGAAGACCACGCCAGAUUGUCUGAUAUGAUCAGCUGCAUCGUAGACUUCGUACAAGCAUCGACGAAUUUAGCGACUACAUUGCGAGAUAAACAAAGCUCUUUUACAGGAACUGAAAAGAAAAUUAAGGAAUACCAAGAAGUGCAAGUGUUCAAUUUGGAAGAUUUUCCGUGGUUUCUGGAGAACUUAGAGCAAGUUUUUCAAAGUAUACCGAUCAACUCGAUGGCACUCGUCGAGUAUCCCUUGUUCCAUUUCACUCCAGAGCAACUAGACGACAUGCAACCUAGAUCCUAUAGGUUAGUGGAUAAUUAUGAAUUCGGUGAUGUGAAUGUGAAUGAUUCAGAAGACACCAUUCCGAGUUUCGCUUUCGAACAGUACAGUGACUCAGAGCAGACAAUUAAUUCUUUUAACUUACAAGAAAAUUUUGAGGUUUUCAAUACGGAAAUCAAUACCGAAUGCACCAAGAUUAUUGAAAAAGAUCAGGAAGUUUUAUUGAAGAUUGAUGAUACAAAGAUAGAAACUGGUGUUAAUGCAAAUAUAAUAAGGGAACUUAUUGAGGAAAAUAUUUUGCAAAUUCAAUCUUACAGAACACAAGCUUCUUCUGAUGGUGAAAAUGAAAAAGUGGAUGUAAAAAAGACUGUUGAAAAAAAAGAAAUGCACAUACUCAAUGAAAAAUCUGUGUCUGAUACUAUUCAAAACCACCAUUGCGAAAAACCAAACAUUAUUAUUUUAUCUGAGAUGCCAAAGCCUGAGACAUCAGUUUGCAAAGUACUCAAAAAGAAUGUUCAACCCAUUGAAAAGUCAACAAAUAAGUCUUACAGUGAAAUACAUGAUAAAAUAUCCAAAAUUCAAAAGCAAUCCAGUAAAAAACCAAUCGAUAAAGUUUCGCCUGGAACAUUCAAGAAACGGCCAAUCAAGAGUCCUUCCGAAUCAGUUGCUAUUCAAAGUGACAACUUGUUAGAAAUAAUUUCUGAGUCUAAGCAUAACACGCCUAAUAAAAUCCCUGAAACUAGUAAAAAGCCUCAGAAAAAUUUGCUCCAGAAACCUGAAGAAAAAUCUACAAAGUUCCAACGAAACUCUGUAGGUUUCAAGUUAGAAACAGAGGUGCGAAGAUUAAGCAUAAGCAAGCAAGAAGAAAUUCGGUUUAGGAAAAAUACACCGAUUCAAAAAACAAGAGAACCUUCUACAACUUCAAGGAAUGCAAAAAUUAAAAAGUUUGUAGUUAAAGGACCAGUUGAUUUCGUCACAAAAAAUAUUGUAAAUUGUUUAAAUUUGGCGAAAAUAAAAGCAUCUAAUUCAAAAUACUUCAACGAUGCACCUGCACCUAUCAGAAAAUCUCGAUCGUUACCAACCGAUAAUAACAAAGUGGUUAUUAAUCAUCCAAAACCUUCAGCUCAGCCAAGAGUUCCUGUGGAAAUAAAAAGUUGCCUGAAAAAACCGCUAAGCUCGAUUCAAGAAGAAAAUCUUAGAAGUGUUGCCAACUUGGAAAAAGCAAGAUCUAUUUUAAAAUGCCCCGUUAUGAAACAAGAUUCUUUGAAAUUGUCGGCAGCUGAAAAUCUUAAAAAAGCUUCGCAUUUAUUGAAAGUGGCUGAAGAAAAGGUUUUAAAACCAACUAGUGCUGUAACGAAAUCUGGAUCAUCUAAUAGAAAACUGAGAUAA